AUGGUUAUUUAUCUAUGCCCUGCAGUUUUUUCGACUAUGAAAUGUCAACGGGGUUUCGAAGUUUAUUAUAGGUUUGAGAAGUUAAGCUUAUAUGUAACACUUUAAAUUUGUUAAAAUGUCAGAGCCUAGUUCAAAAGAAUCUGCAACUAAAAUACCUAUGGUAUAUGUUUGCGGAGAGUGUCACAACGAGAACGAUAUAAAGCCGAAGGAUCCUAUUCGUUGCCGUGAAUGCGGAUACAGAAUAAUGUACAAGAAACGCACUAAAAGAUUGGUUGUAUUUGACGCCAGGUAAUUUUAAGAAGCGGAAGAAGAUUUGAAGAUUUGAUUGAAUUUGAAGAU